AUGGCGGCUACAAGAUUUAAUCAGCCUGAACUUCGCAGACCGACGAGUUCUCCGAGACCGAAAGGACGUGAAAACGCAAAGGAUACUUUAUGUCGAAAUGUCCUAAUAUAUGGUCAUUGUCGUUAUGAAGAUCAAGGAUGCGCUUUUAACCAUGAUCCAAACAAGGGACUUGGAGGAGGGGUCGAUCAUAUUGGGCCGGAGCCUAUCUCGGAAUUCAUAUUCGAUAUUACAAUUGAUCAAUCUCUUGUUUUCACUGUUCAAAAUUGCGUUGACACCUGGCUUUGGGGUCAUGGACAUUCCUUCUGGCCACUUUUCGACCUCGUGGAUGGCUCCUACCAUUCCUGGAUUUAUAUGGAGGUUUUACCUGCCUAUCCCAUCUUUACUGUGGUUCUGAAAUUACACUUUUUGGCUCUUCCCUAUCUAUGUAUCUUUCACGUUUUAAUGCGCAAUAACUUCUUUGUACAUCAACAACGAAUUAAUGCAGGGAUGGAUAUAUUUAAGAAACUAAACAGCGUCAAGAUCCCAACAUUUGGCUUGACUAAGCUAGCAGAUGGCGAAGAAGACCAGCAAGAUGAGCAAUCAGAUGUCGAGGAUCAACUAGAUGACGAGCAAGAUGAGCAAUCAGAUGUCGAGGAUCAACUGGAGGAAUCUAGUCCCGUGAAAAAGAAGAAUCGCAGGAGAAGGCGACGAUAUGGACAAAGGAGUUCGGAUGUGCCUCACAAAACUACUGCCGCCACAGGGUUCAGCGAAACCACGAAGGCUUUUAGGGAAAAUAGGUCUCCAUCGCUUUCAGCCCAGAUUCCAGGGGUGACUAGUACAGAAAUGGGCUCACCACAUUCUAUUUUACGGUCCCCCCAUACCCAAGAAUCAAAGGAUACAAUGGAAUCCCUUGAUUUGAAAUUAUCGAAUCCCGAAAUUGCAAUAAAAGCUACUGCCGAUCCUACCGUAGAACGACCCAAAAAAGCUUUGAAUGUAGAUUCGCCUUCCUUUACACCAGCAGCUUUACCCGCGUCCAACAAAGGAGCUUCGGUCAUUUCACAAGCUGCCAAUGCGGCUCCAUUUACACCUCGAGGGCUUGCAAGUGGAACUGCUACACCAAACACUCAACUCGACCCAGAAAUACCCCAAUUUAAUCCAACUCAAAGAGAUUUCACUCCACAAAACUAUGAUCUCUCUCAGAAUAUUCCUACCAAUGGUGCUACUCCCGAAGCACCAUAUGAUCCUUUCUCCAUGGGAGGCGUCUCUCAAGCAAUUCCUACCUCUUUUUCGAACCACUAUCAAGAAGACAUUAGCAACUUAGCCGCAGGAGUGGCAACAGGUGGAGCAUACUUUCAAGGACAGCCGAGCUAUAACGUUCAGCCUUUGAAUUAUCACUUCUAUGCGCCAAUUGGUCCACACACGGAUAAUUUGACACCUUAUCAAAAAUCGAUUCACGACCUAUUCUUGUCCGACCGGCUUCGUGAGGAACUUCAAAGAAAAUCUGAAGCUUCUCAUCAAGUAAUGCUAACAAUUCGUGCUGUGAAGAAGUGGAAUGAAGUCAAUAGUGCUGGUGUAGUAUCGUUCAUUGAUGCUUUUACUACUAGACAAUUUAAGGACAAUUCCUUGAUAAUUGUCACAAAUUAUCACCCACUUUCAAAAACUCUUUUAGAGGUUCAUUUCUCGGCUACAACCACAAAUCGAUAUGGAUCUCGACUAAACCCCCGGAUACCUGAAGACACUCUUUGGGCAUACAUUGCACAAAUUACAUUAGCCAUCAAGGCUGUACACCAGGCCAACUUUGCUGUGCGAUGCAUGCAUUUGACCAAAGUUAUCCUUACGGACAAAAAUCGAAUCCGUCUAAAUGCAUGUCCGAUAUUCGAUAUUCUCCAUUACGAAUAUCGACGCGACAUAAAGGAACUUCAAAGUGAAGACCUGUGCUUGUUUGGCGUACUCAUGUUAUCCUUAGCUACAGUUAAUGCAACAAUUACCCCUCAAACCACGGCUCAAGUCUUGAAAACCAACCUCGAAGGCCUCAGCAGAUUUUACUCGGUUGAGCUUAUUGACACAAUCAGAUGGCUUCUGACUACGCCUUCUACUACCGAACCUAAAGAUCUAGAAACCUUCAUGCGAGGUAUCUCUGGCCGUAUGACGACUGCUCUCGAUAGUUCCCUUCAAGCUCAUGACGAAAUAACGUCUGAACUUUAUCGCGAGCUUGAAAACGGUCGACUCGUCCGCUUAAUGGCCAAGUUGGGCAACAUAAAUGAACGUCCCGAGUACGAUACCAAUGUUCAAUGGAGUGAAGUAGGUGAGCGAUAUAUAUUGAAACUUUUCAGAGAUUACGUGUUUCAUCCGGUUGAUGCGGAUGGAAGACCCGUUACGGAUAUGGCGUGGAUACUGAAGUGUUUGAAUAAAUUGGAUGCGGGGAGUGACGAAAAGAUUCAAUUGACGAGUAGGGAUGGAGAGAAUUGUUUUAUUGUUAGCUUCAAGGAUAUUAAGAAACAGGUUAAUGCUGCUUGGGGAGAUUUGCAGAAGCCAGGGAAGAGAUUUUAA